CUGGAGGGUCGAGGCGCGUGCGCAGUCGCGCUUCCUUCAGCUGCAGCCAUGGCAGGCCAAGAGGAUCCCGUGCAGCGGGAGAUUCACCAGGAUUGGGCGAACCGGGAGUACAUUGAAGUCAUCACCAGCAGCAUCAAGAAAAUCGCAGACUUUCUCAACUCGUUUGAUAUGUCUUGUCGUUCAAGACUCGCAACACUAAACGAGAAAUUGACAGCUCUUGAACGGAGAAUAGAGUACAUUGAAGCAAGGGUGACAAAAGGUGAGACUCUCACCUAGAACUGUGCCAUGCUGCUGCUGGGAAGUUGCUUUUACAGAACAUGGGCCCACGUGGGAAAGGCCCCAGCAGCCUUCAGCUCCUUCCUCUCUCCUUAAAGAACAACAGGGCUUAUUCUUGUUUUUCUUUUUUUUUUUCAAAAAUGUGGCCUUUGGGCUCUGUGAUGUACACCCAGGAAUGUGAUGAGGCAGGUGGGGAGGAAUCCAGGGAAACUCUUGGAAACAACAUUAAGCAUUUUACCUUUUCAGUAACACUUUGUAGAACUCCUUGUCAACAAAUUUGAGGCUCUAAGAGCCAAAAGCCUGGGACUCUGUCAAGGUCCUCCCCAUCUCUCUCUCUCUCUCUCAGCCUUUCCUUACAGCUCUCAUUGCCUCUGCACUGAUCCUGUACACAGUCUUUGUCUCCUCCCCACCUUUGGUCGGGGUGGGAAGCAGUCCUGGCCAAGACAUUCCUACCCUGGCGAGGUGGCCGCCAGAGAAUGUUGUUGCCAACCCACCAGUUUCUUGUCCAUUUGGGGAGGCCAAGGCCUCCCACUUGGCUUGAAAAGGGACAUUUUCAGAAUUUUCUUUCUGUCACUUGGGGUGUCUUUGCCUCUCAUAUUUCCCUAAUAAACUCCUCAACUUUA